GACCGGGCAGGAGGGCGGCUUGUAGCGGCAGCUCCGACAUGGCUGCGCUGGUGGAGCCGCUGGGGCUGGAGCGGGACGUGUCCCGGGCCGUGGAGCUCCUCGAGCGGCUCCAGCGCAGCGGGGAGCUGCCCCCGCAGAAGCUGCAGGCCCUCCAGCGCGUCCUGCAGAGCCGGUUCUGCUCUGCCAUUCGGGAGGUGUACGAGCAGCUGUAUGACACGCUGGACAUCACUGGCAGCGCUGAGAUCCGGGCCCAUGCCACAGCCAAGGCCACAGUUGCUGCCUUCACUGCCAGUGAGGGCCACGCACAUCCCAGGGUAGUGGAGCUGCCCAAGACAGACGAGGGCCUGGGCUUCAACAUCAUGGGGGGCAAGGAGCAGAACUCGCCCAUUUACAUUUCCCGUGUCAUUCCUGGAGGUGUGGCUGACCGCCAUGGAGGCCUCAAGCGUGGGGACCAGCUGCUGUCGGUGAAUGGUGUGAGCGUUGAGGGUGAGCAGCAUGAGAAGGCCGUGGAGCUGCUGAAGGCAGCCCAGGGCUCAGUGAAGCUGGUGGUGCGUUACACACCUCGUGUGCUGGAGGAGAUGGAGGCCCGCUUUGAGAAGAUGCGCUCUGCCCGCAGGCGCCAGCAGCACCAGAGCUACUCGUCCUUGGAGUCCCGAGGCUGAAAUCACAGAUCUGGACCCUCCUGCUACCCCCCUCCCUGUACAGUAUUUAUUGUCCCCGGCUCCUUAUUUAAAGAUCUUUGACCCUCA